AUGGUUAAAUUUGGCAAACUGAAAACGACUUCUCAAGUUGGAGCUGAGUACCAAGCAAUCAUUCCGCCUCUGAUGGAAGAAUACAAACCUUCAGAGGAUUUUCGUUAUGGUCUCCCAAUUCCAGUCAAAUGGGUUCGCGACGAUCAAUCUAAAACCAUCACCGAAGAAGCAAUUGAAUCUAACAAUGCAGGUGAAUCGGCUAUAGUCGAUGAUGAGAAAGAAUCGAAGCUGAAAACGCAGGACAACGAUUUGCUUCCUCUUCCUGGUUUAGUGACUGAAACUUGGAGCGCGAUCGAACAUGGUAGUUUUCUUCUUGGCUUAUAUUUAUACGCCAAGAAUUUUCCUCUUGUGAAAAGAUUCAUGGGGAGCAAAGGAAUGGGAAGCAUAAUGAGUUACUACUACGGCGAGUUCUAUAAAUCUGAUGCCCAUCGCAGAUGGUCAAAAUGGCGAAAGGAGAGGCGUAACAGGCCCCUAAAUGCAAGAAAGCUUUUCACAGGGUGGAGCCAUCAUGAGCUUAUAUCUCGUUUAUCUUCUAAUGUGACCGAUGAAGUCAAAGAUCGUUUGAUCAAGGAUGGUACAAGAUAUAUCGAAGGAAGACUUUCACUUACAAGGUUCAUAUUCAAUCUAAAGGAAAAUGUCGGCAUGAAUCUGCUGGUCGAAGCUGUAGCCAUUGGCCAAGAAGAGCGUGACCUUUUGGAGUUUCGUCCGAUCAGCGAUUGUUCUUAUGUCAGUCUAGAGGUAACGGUACCUAUCGCCAACACCACCUCCUCUCUUACGCGUGCCAACACCGCCUCCUCUCUUACGCCACAAGAAAUCCUUAAAAUUUUGAAGGGUGAUGCAAGAUUAAGCAAAAGGAGGUCAAGUGACCUCUUCUGGGACUAUGUCUGGCCGCGCCUUUUAGCCAGAGGAUGGAAUUCCGAGCAGCCAAGAAGUAAUGUUCUCCAAAACCCGAAGAAUUUGGUGUAUCUGGUACCUGGUGUCACUGAGUUUUCGCGUAACGAACUUAAGAAAGGAAUCCACUACUUCGAUUCUCUAACUGAUGUCUUGAGUAAAGUAGCUUCAGAGCCGGAGCUUCUUGAACUUGAAUCGGACCAAGAAGAGCCGGUGAACUCAGAUGCAAACAAAGACCCUGACAACCAAGAACAUCAGGAUUAUGUCGAGCCAGAUGUUCCUCAAAGCAAUCAAGAUUUGAAGAUGUUUACGAUUGUGGAUGCUAGUUUGGAUCGUGACAAAGAUGGGAUUUUCAAAUUGACGGAACUCCCAACUUAUAUGGUUGAAGAAGAGACCGGUGAGCUAGAUGUUACCGAGAGCAGAAACCAAGCCUCAAGCAAUGUUCCUCAAAGCAAUCUGGAUUCGAAGCCGUUUACGAUUGUGGAUACUAGUUUGGAUCGUGACAAGGAUGGGGUUGUUCAAUUGAUGGAACUCCCAAAUUUGCCUGUUUCUGAGCCAACUUAUCAUGUCGAACAAGGGCCUGGCGAAAACAUUGGAUUUCAAGAAAAAACAUCAUCGGGAAACAAUGGUGAACAUGAGGAAAUGGUCGAAGAACCACGCUCAAAGAACAAGCACGAGCCACAGAUCAUCAUAGACCUGAACCUAUCUCGAAUGAUUCCACAUACAGACCCUAAUCAAUCAUCACUUUCUGCAGAACCAACCAGCAACCAGGUUGAGUCUUCGAAUGGCGCAGGAGCCAAUAUGCAGCAGCAGCUGGUCUUGGAGCCACAAAGGCGCUACAGUACCAGAAGCCGAAUGUUAAGCACAAAAGCCUUGGAAGCUCUUGCUUUUGGGUAUCUAAGCCCAAAGAAGAAAAGAAAGACAGCAGAGGAGAAGACGCCUAGGCAGACUAUUGCAGUCUCGAGCGGUGGUGCAAGGAAUGUCGAGAAUGCGGUGAAUGGUGCACUGAAUGGAGCGACCGAUACGGUGGAGAGAUCUCCGGAAUGA